UCGAGAUCUCGAAAUCCCGAGUCGGACGAAAAUAAUGGCGAAGAAGAGUGUUGAAGUUCAGGUUCUUGACAGUGACUUUUCUCUCUUCCUCCGUGAAUCUAUCACUUAUGAAAUUAAAAUGGAAUCUAGAUCUAAAUCAAAGCUCCGCAGUUUCGUGAUGAUAUGUAUAUUCCUAGCACUAAGUGGUAUCAUUUAUUUCGGUUACUUUUGUUCGGAACAGGUAUGUGCAUUAACAACACAAAAACCGACUUGGACAGAUUGGACGUUAAAAUUUCCAAUACAAGAUAAUUUAGGGAAACCGCUAUCCAUCCAUUCUAAUCCUAUCAAUUCAAAAGCUACAAAUCCAGGUUUAAGUUAUGACGAUGUGUUGAAUGACAACUUUCAGUUCGAUAUGAACGCUCAUGAUGUGAUGGUGUUUUUACAUAUUCAAAAAACUGGUGGCACUUCGUUUGGUAGGCAUUUAGUGCAAGAUCUUGAUUUGCAAAGACCCUGCUCCUGUCACAGAAAAAGGAAACGAUGCUAUUGUUUUCGGCCCAACAGAAAUGAGAAUUGGUUGUUCAGCCGAUACUCCACUGGUUGGAAGUGCGGACUCCAUGCAGAUUGGACGGAGCUGACAAGCUGUGUCGAUUCUGAACUGGACAAAAAUGAAGGAGACUCUGUCAAGAGAAGAUACUUCUACAUCACUCUGCUGCGUGAGCCGAUCAGCCGCUACCUGAGUGAAUUUCGGCAUGUGCAGCGAGGCGCAACAUGGCGCAACUCCCGGCACUGGUGCGGCGGCCGGCACGCCUCCGAGCAGGAGUUGCCCCCCUGCUACGAGGGGUCCACCUGGCAGGGGGUCACCCUCGACCAGUUCGCCGCCUGUCCACACAAUUUGGCCGCCAAUCGGCAAACACGUAUGAUGGCUGAUUUGGCGUUGGUUGGGUGCUACAACACAUCUUACAUGCAGCCGGCUGAGAGGAACCGGGUCAUGUUGGCAAGUGCCAAACGCAAUCUAGCUUCGAUGGCGUUUUUCGCGCUCACUGAACACCAGAAGGUUGGUCAGUACGUUUUUGAGGAGACGUUCAACCUUCGGUUUGCUGUACCUUUCGAACAGCACAACGCCACCUAUUCCAGCCUCACUCUGUCCACGUUGCGACCUGACCAGGUGCAGACUAUACGAAAGCUCAAUGCCCUCGAUCUCGAGCUCUACUACUUCGCUCUAAAGCUCAUGAACAGGAGAUUUGAAAAGCUAAAGGCUCGAGAUCCGCAUUUUGCGGAGAGAUUUUCGCAUCUGGGAGAACUGCCGGGCAGAGGGGCCUCAGAGUUCAACUGGGACCAAUUCGUUGAGGACACCACGUUAAGCGCCAAAAAUACCUGAGUCUUCAUUUUUCUCAACCAUUUUACCGCUUUUAUUACCACGACGCGAGAUAGAGAUUCUAGAUUUUAAGCAGCUAGAGAAAGUAUUCAAGUAUUUUCGAAUGAUCCUUUCUAGUUUUAGAUUUCAUCCAGCUAGAAAAGAUUCUAGUAUGUGUGAAUGGUUUUAUUAAAGAUGCUUGAAAUUGUCACAAACAUUAAAUAAAUAUUUGUGUCAAUUUCAAGACAUUUUAUUCUAUGCUAGGACGCGUAUAUGAGUACGCAUCAGUGAUAGAUAGAUUUGUAUUUCAAGAGAGAAAUCUGGCAUUUUAUUUUAUUGAUUUGGAAAAAAUGUCUUCUCACAGUUAAUAUUGCUAUGUGUAUUUCUGAAGUGCAAAUAAUGAAGUUUGCAUUUAUUUUACUUUUGUAGUGGACAAACUUAUUAUCACAAGCUGAAAUGUGUAGGCUAUUCAAUGCAAUUCAAAAAGUUAUCUUUAUUUACUCCUUAUAGAAAACAGAAUAAUUUAAUUUACUUGCCAACUGUUAUGGUCAAACUUAUUAUCAUAGGAUGUAAUGAGAUGUAAUUCAAUGCAAUUCAAACCGUUAUUUAUUCCACACAAAAAAAUAAAACAAUAUAAUUUACAAUCUAUCAGUUUAACAUAACUCUUAAAUAAGAAUAAUAUUUUAAAAUAAAACAUAAGUAUAGAUAGCAGAUUAAAAUAAAUCAAAUUGAAAAUGAGUCCUCAAUAUAAUUUGUACAUUAACCUUCAAAAUUAAAGUAGGCUAUAAAUAUUACAGUGAAUAAAAUCGUCAUAAGAAUAACUUUUUUUGAAAAAACAAAAUUAUAAAUAACAGAUAAAUGAAAUAGAAACAUGAGCCCUGAAUAUAAUUCAUACAUAGACUUUCAAAAUUAAAGGAAGCUAUAAUACAGUGAAAAAAAUCUUAAUAAAAAACUUUCUAAUCAUGAUAGGAAUUCUUUAACUCAUAAGGGUUGAAAUUGAGGGAAGACUCGUGAACCGACAGUGUUUUUAUUCAGGAAUGAUCUUUACAUGGGUUUCAUAUCAUUAAAGUAAAAAUAAUUAUUUAUUAUUAGGUAAUAUAUUUUGAAACUGAUCAACAAUAAUUGUUUUUCAAUAGCAGGAAAGAAACAAAACGCUUUCAGCCUAAACUGCUACUAUCUUCCAGAUUUUAAAAACUUGGUGAAAAGUGAGUUCAAUUGAAAUUAUCGUGAUGAUAUGAUUAUAAAUAAUUGAUUAAUUGAUGUUAAAAAAAUACCAUCUUGAGCCACUUUUCUAUGGUAUUUUGAUUUAUCAGACACGUUUUUACAGUAAAGGAGAAGGUAAAUUAGGUAAAGUUGAAACACCCAAGGAAUAACCUUAUUUAAAUUGUAUUAUUGAAAUUAUCUUUGAAAUUGAAAUCAUCUUUAUUCUUCUUCUUAGAAAGUAUAAAUAAUACAUAAUAUACAUAUACAAAACUUGAAGAAGGUUUCUCACAUGGGCAAAGCCAUAUUGUAAUUGAAUAUUUUAUUAUAUCUAUUUGUAUUUGCAAAUAAAUUAAUCUGAAUCUAAUUUCCAAUAACUCACGCAAUUUUUUGUAUCAGGAACUAUAGUAGUUCCAACGAUAAUAUAAUUCCUAGCAGUAGCAGGAACCAAUUCAGUAUGAAAGUGAGAUUUAUCAACGAUUAUUAUUUCAUACAUGGUACCAGGUGGUAUGUGAAUCAGUGAAUAUGUCAGUGAUUAAUAUAUUUUGUUCAAUAACUGAACAGAGUUUGACAAAAAUUAUUUGUAAGAUAGUAAGUAAUUUUUCACAGAUACCUGGAGUGUUCUAGAUUAAAAGAAAAUAGAUCUUAUAAGAUUCAAUAAUAAUAAUGCUGAGGGUGAUGCCCACUUAAGCUCUUAGGCUUGUGCGUGGGUAAUGAGAGAGGAAUGAUGAUGAGAGAUGACGACUACUUUUUAGGUAGUCGGGACCGAUGGCUUAUUGUCUCCUCCGAAAGACGAUUUCUACUAGAAAUCUGUUCUUUCUGAUAUUUCUACCAUGAAAGUCCUUAGUUCUCAAAGCCCUUCAGGGUUCUUAUAGUUGUCCUUUGAGAUUUGGGUUUUGUCAGAUGUUGUCAAGUAUUCAAAACAAACGACAUCAAUAAUUUGAGUCUAGGACGUAGUCGAGUGGAUUAGAUGCUGGCUUUGUAAUCCAAAGGCCCGGGUUCGAAUCCCAGCCCGGGCAAGAUAUUUUUCGCGGGCCACUCCCGUGUUUCGGAUGGAAACGUUAAGCCGUCGGUCCCGGCUGCCUAAAAAGCAGUCGUUAGGUCAUGUCAGAGGCCCUGAAAUUGAUCAGUUGCGACCUGAAAACUCUGACACCAGACCUGAGCCAGCCAGGUCACACGAUAUUAUUAUUGUUAUUCUUUGAGUCUAGAUUUUUUUAUUCUUACCAUCUUACAUCAAUCUAACUUGACGAAUAAUGUUAUCAUAAUUUUUUAUGAAAUCCGUACAAUAUCACCGUGCUACACUAAGCUAGUCCUAUCAGAGAUCAUCAUAAUGCUUAUUGAUUUUAGACAGUUGAUCUAGGUUAACUGACUUAUUAUUUUUAGGUCAAGUCUGUCUUCCUGAACAAUUAAAUUAUUGACAAUAUCCAUUUUCUUUAUUAUAUUAGGGACAAUUAAGAAUAUAAGAUGAUACAACAUUAUUUGUUUGUAUGUAUGUAGACUACCAACAAGACUGUUCGGUGUUGACAUUUGCAUAUCAUAUCCACGUUACUAUCAAUGGUUGCUUUGUGCUAUGAUUGAACAAAAUAUUUCUUCUAUUAUUUAUUGAACAAUUUUAAAGAGAGAUUGUAAUCUCAGUAUGAAAUUUCAGUGACUUCGUCUUAGAGAGUAGUUGAGUGUUUAAAAAUGGAAUCAAGUUUUAAACUCGUAUUUUAAAGAAAACUGUUACAAUUUUUCAAGGUAUGAUAAUGAAUCUCUCAUGAUAAAAUACAUUUUUAGACUUUAAAUGUGCAUAAACUUAUGAAAUUCUAGCUUUUAUCCAUUUGUCGGUUAAAAUAUUGGAAAUAAUGUAUACUGUAUUGAAAUGCCCGUAUGAAGUAGGCUAAUUAUAUUUUUUCAAAAAUAUAUAUCCGCCAACAAGCUAUUCUCUUUGAAUAAGUCGGAUUGGUUGUAGUUUGAAAAUUUGGCUAGCUUUAAAAUUUUAAUAUCAUCAAAUCAUGGUUUUUAGCUUUCACUUUUUAGUUAUCAUAACAGAAUUUGAUAAUAAAAAGAAUAUGAUUUUUAGAUCUAAACGAAAUUCCCACUAAAAUUCACUAAAAAUUCCAAUUAUUAACAAAGUAAUUUAAGAUAAAAAUUCAUUUAAAAAUAGAAAUUGCAUUUCUAAAAUAGGUUAGCCUACAUUCUUACAUAACAAUUAUUUUGAAGCGAUUUUGUGCUUCUCUAAUGCAAGUUCCAAAAUGCUUCAUUUCAUUUUGUUAGGCCAUUGUAAUUCAAAUUACAAUAUUAAUUGUAAGCAAAUAAUAAAUUGAUGAGAAUUACAAAUUUCAUCAAGUCCAAAAGUAGGCGUUUUUUCUGACAAUGUGAAUCGUGUUAAUAAUUACAACAACGCACAUUAUUUGACAAUUUUAUUAUGUUAUUCUGUUUCUAGGUUGUUUAUAUUUUAUUUCAUUUCUAGGACGUUUCAAUUUCAACUACUAUUGCUUUCAUGAACAAUUUUUCUGAACUAGUGAACCUAUUAUUAGGUUUUAGAGUUACGUGAACUAUUUCAGGUGUAGAUCUUUAAGGAAAUAAUUUUUAAUGUACGUAUGAUUGUAUAUAAUGUAAAAUAUUGUAAAUUUGUAUAGAUUUAAAUGUUAGAAUGUUUAACUGUAUAUUUAAAGCAAGUAAAAUCCAUUUGCGUGUAAUAGAACAGACUGUCAGCAAACGCAAGCUUUUAAAACACUUGUAAUCAAAUGUACUAAUUACAUAAUUAUGUUGAUGAGUGAUCUGCCAUUUGAUAGUGUGUAUUUAGACUUUACCAAAUGAAUGAUGCUUGUAAAUCUAUUUUUGCUCACCCACUGUUGUAAAACUUGAGAUAUCAUUGGAAGUUGAUCAUUUUUCUCCUAUUGCAAAUAAGAGAUAUCCAUUCGCUAACAAAGAGGGCGGUAUUUUCAAUAAUAGUAGAUACUUUUGAGGUUUGGUUUUCAAAUUCAAGGAGAAGAAUAAAUUCAUUAUAUUAGUCUGCAUCACACGUUCUUAAAACUUUCAAAAUUGCCAAAUCUGGUUUACAGUCAUUUAUUUUUAAAACUCACUAUCAUUUAUUUGAUUCAAAAUGAAUUAUUAUGUUUAGUUUAGGUUCAGCUUUAACCAUAGAGAAAAUUUAGCAUUAUCAUGCUAUGAUAAUCCAAGUUUGUUUCAACUGAGUACUCUUAAAAUCAGCUUUGCAGUGUUUUUUCCUAACUACGAACUUAGGAAGAAUAGACAUUUUACAUGACAUAAUAAUUAUUUUUCAUUGUAUAGAUUCUAUAAAAAUAAGCAAUAAUCUGAUUAUUUCAGUGUUUCUUAAACUUGAUACUUUUAACACUAAUUCAAUAUCAUCAUUUAUUAUCUUGCUCUCGUUUAAUCAUUUAAUAUGAUUAUUAUAAUAAUAAGUGCUAAAUAAUAAUAAUGUAGUAUAAUUUUGUAGUGUAUCGUACUACUUGUCAUUUCUUUGAUCUUCUGAACAAUAGAAUAUUGUGAAUCUCUUGAUUAUAUUGAUUUUACUGAUCACUAAGUGAAGCCAGAACAAAACCGCAAAAUAUCAUCAUUAUAAAGUGUAUGUUAAUGUCAAAUUUAAGAUAAUAAUAAUCUAUAAGCUGUUUUGGUAUAAUUUUAGUUUCUAAUCCUUUAUUUUUUGUGAAGCGUUUAUUUAAAUCAGUUUUGAGCCCACCUAGAUAAUUUCAGUUUCAAUCAUGAUUAGUCAGUUUCAAUGCUGAUCAAAACAGUAUGAAAAUUAAUUUUCUGUUGGUAACUAUGUUGUAUUGCUAGUUGUAUGAUUUAGUUAAUAGUAAUUGUAGAUAAAAAUUAUAUUACUUUAAUUGAUCUCAGGAGGUUGAUAGAUUAUUGAAAGUUUUAUUUUAUAUCGAUUUAACCCGGAAUGAAAGGUAGAGCUGAAUUCAAUCUCAUAACCAAAUGUUUUAUUAUUUCAAAAAUAUUUGUAAUCUCAUUAGCGUAGCAUUUAAAGCUUUACUAUAUGUUGCAUCAUCUGAUUGUUGUUAUUAUAAUAAUUAUUGAGAAUAGAUUUUUCAUAAAAAUAACCACUGAUUAUGAUCUGUUAUGGAAACAGUAUACGUGUAGGUUUUACCAAUUUUGUGUAAAAUGUAUGUAAUUUUAAUACGGAGUAUCCAAGGGAACUCUGAAUAACCUGAUGCAUUUUAAAUCGUAAUAAUUAUGCUUUUAAGAUAGUUUUACAUCAAAUUGGUUUAUGUAAUUGUUAAUUUGUAAUUAUAAAUAACUUAGUAUAGGCUACAUACAUGUUUAUUUUUUGUUGUUUGGACAUGAUAUUUUCAAGUGUUCUGAUUUUUUCAGUUUUGUUAUCAUCUCAUCUAUCUUCUUCAUAAUAUUUAUAAAAUUAUACCCAUUAUAAUUUUCCAUGUUCGUCAUUAUAUUUCAUUAACAUUUACUCAAUAUUGUGUCAUACUCUCUAGUAGAUUGUUAUAUUUUUGUAGCAAUAUAGUCUAGUGUGUUGAUAAUUCUCAAUUUUCAACAGAUAAUUCAUCACAAUCAUUUAGUUCAAUUAAUUAUCAUUCAUUAAUGAAUAUGAACGUUAGAUGCCAAAGUCCUUCCAUAUUUUAUGGUCAGAAUGUUCUCUUACUACUCAAUUACAAUAUAAUUUUUAGUGUAAUGUUCUAAGAUUUCCUUGUAAAUAUUUCGUUCAUGUUAAUUCCAGAGGAAUUCAAUAUCAUUCAUGUCUCAAUUAGUUUUAGGUGCCAUUUUCAUUUUAAACUCUAUAAAGCUCAUAAUCGUUUUUAACACUAAUUUAAGAUUGAUUGAUUCACUAAAUAUUUUAAAAUAAUUUUUGUCGACUAAAUACGAAAAUUUUGAGACAGAAAAACUCCAAACUAAAUACUCCAAUACGUAAUUUAAGGUUUUAAUAUUUUUACAUUCAAUUUUAAACUUCUGAUUCAGCUAACUCGUGAUUUUGUUGAUUAUUUAAAAUACUUUUUAUAUUUUACAUUCAUUAGUUACCAGUUAGCACAUUAUUCAAUAAUUGAUACAUAUCAAUUUUGGAUGUAAUAUUAGGACCGUAAUAAUUGUAUCAAGUAGCAACUAAUAGAAUAUCAAUAAUUUAUACAAAUUAUUUGUAUAUUUCAUAGAUAAGAUCCACACCAUUCUUUUUAUUAAUCUUCAGACGUACUGUAUUUUCAUAUCAUGUGCAGGACUGGAAAUUAUGAAAUGAUAAUUUUAAUACUUGGAUAAAAAGAAUUUUCAUUUGCAAACAAUGUAUCUAAAUAAUAGUUUUCAGACGUGUAUUCAUGUAUGUGAUAUGUUUAAUACCAGUAUUGUUUUUCAAUAUAAACAAUCAUUUGAAUAAUGUAAAAAAUGAAGUAGUAUACUUUUGGAUGCUGAAUUUUAUAAAUAAAUUUGUUCUAAUUGGAAAUGUAUUGAGUCCGUCGCUAAUGUGCUGAAAAUCUGCAAUUUGACUGAAAUACUAUUUAUUUAGUCUAUUGUAUUGUGAAAAUAAAACAUUUACCAUACACAA